GCGAAGUCAGUCGCGGUCCGAGCGGCCGACUCGUCAGUCCCGCCCUCGGUUCUUUCGCGUUUUCGGUUCGAACUUAGUCUCCGUUCGUCGUUCGGACGGUGAGGUGUGCAUAGCGCGUGUGCGCACUUGUUACUGUGGCGUACUGCGAGGUUAUCAUGGACGCGCCCGGCGGAGCGCGGGAGCCCCGCUUCGGGUCGCCGUAUAGUAUGGGAAUCCUCGGCGAGAUGCCGGACAUGUACGGAACUGGCCGGCCGCCCAGCGCGCUCGGCGGCGGCGGGCUGCGGCCCGGCAUGCAGCCCUGUCCCAUGCCGCGCGCCGGAGUCAAGCGACCCUCGGACCAGUGCUACGACGAGCGAGCGCAGCAGGGGGUCGGCCUGGAGCACUGCCCCAUGCCCGACAUAGCAGACGACGGCUAUGCUUCUCUCCAGCCCAAGAAGUCGCCACCUUCCAAUGGCAAAAAGACCAAGGGUCGUGUGAAGAUCAAAAUGGAAUACAUUGACAACAAACUGCGACGGUACACGACAUUCUCCAAACGGAAGACUGGGAUUAUGAAGAAGGCAUACGAGCUGUCGACCCUGACGGGGACACAAGUGAUGUUGCUAGUCGCGUCAGAGACAGGCCACGUGUAUACGUUCGCGACGCGGAAGCUGCAGCCAAUGAUCACGUCAGACUCUGGCAAGCGGCUGAUCCAGACGUGCCUUAACUCUCCAGACCCGCCCACCACCAGCGAGCAACGCAUGGCUGCGACGGGCUACGAGGAAACAGAGCUCACGUAUAACGUAGUAGACGAGGAUAUGAAGGACCUGGAAUCUACGAUAAAGAGGAAAAUUGCUAAGGUCUUUGGUAACCACGACGAAGGCAGAAGCAGACCUAAUCCCUUAAACGAUCCCCAACUAACACGCUGUAAUAAACUGUCUGGUCCAGAACAGAAAACUAACAAAUUAGAAAAUUCCCAUCAGGAUGAACCAGCAUCUUCAGGCGACAGUGGAGACGAGAGCGGCAGUGAACCAGAGUCGCCGAGUGAGAAGCUACUACAGGUACACAAGCAAGAGUGGACCUGUGAUAGCAAUGAACGGGAAGCCAAAAAUAGAGAAUCCCACAACGAUGCACUAGCUUCCACAUCAUCCACUACCCAAGAAGCGGACAGUUCCAAGCCAUCAUUGCCCAAACUCAUGCCCAAGAUCGAACAGAUGCCUGGAGGAGCCAUGCUGUAUCCUGGCGUCCUGGCUGGGCUGGACGGCAUCAGCAGUAACCUUGGACUAGGCAACCUGGCUAUGGGCUACCCACACGGAUUUAUUUUGGGACUGGCUAAUCAAGGUCAAGAAGGUGCAUCAUCAUCAAGCCAACCUCAGUUCAUAACGAUCCCGCUGUCGAUGGCAAUGGCGGCAGCUGCAGGCGCGCCAACAGCCACCGUCACCAACGGCUGCGGAGCCAGCGCCUCUAGCGACGACAGCAGCGAACUACAAGACUUGAGCACCGGCAGAAAGUGACGCGGGACUACGAUUACUCGCACCUGUGCUGCAGAUCGUAUACUCGUAUGUAUCAAUAUAAAUCUUAUGAUAAUUAAAAAAAAAGUUAAAAAUGUAUGUACCAAAGUUUAUAUUUGGACUCCUAGCAAUAACAAGCUAUAUAGAAUUGUUGGUAGGUAGGUAGACAUAAUCAAAAUCAAUGUGUAUUUUCAUUUGUCAGUUUUUCCAUCAUAAGGCCUUGGUGUGAUUGCAAGCGAGUAGCGAUUUAGAUUUUCUUUUGUCGCUAUAUCUCUACUAAGAUAUCUGGAGUCAUUCUUCAAGGGCAAAUAAGAAUUUUAAAACCAAGUUUUAAAAAAAAGUUCGAUGAGGGUAACAUGAUUGAAUGGCCAGGUCACGGAACCCUCUGAUUGCAGGCACUCAAAUCAACUCUAGUUUUUAUUCAGAUGUCUCCCUGUAGUCUCCUGGGCUAUGUGACUGAUCAAAGACCCAGGCGUUCUAAUGGUCAUCAGGCACUUAAAUAUCAUAAUCAAAACACAAUUGUUUCUAGUUGACUUUUAAUAUUAAACCAAGUUUUAUGUACAAGUAAAUUCAUAUUCAAAACCAAUGUUUACUUGUAUGUAAGUCUUUUCUUAUUAUAACUAUCGUGAGGCAUACAAAAUUAACUUAAAAUGCUGCUCAUGACUCGAAACUAGUAAAGCAUUUCCCCAUUAAUUUACCGUACGUGAGUAAACCAUGAGUUUUAGUUAAACUGUAUUUUCUAUUUCGUCUCUCGCUUGCAACUGGUCCUUGGCCCGCUUAUAAAAUAAAAUGGUGAUGGAAUUUAUUAAAUGUAACUUAAUUUGUGUUGCAAUGCAUGUACUUGCCAAUUGCCAAACAAGUCACAAUGACUUCUACGAAAUGUUAUAAAAAAUCGUGUAUUUGUGUAAAAUCGAGGACCUUAAUUUAUUACACUUAGGUAUGUAGAUAUUAAUAAUAAUAAAUUAAUAUUGUUUGUGUAAAAAUAACAGAAUAUAUUUGCGUAUUUUUGUACCAAACAUGAAUACUAAAUAAAAUGUAAAUUCAAGGUUUUUACCUAACACUGAUACACUCGUUUGAAACGCAUUUUGUAAAGUGAGUUCUAUUCUACCGUACUUUAGUUUUUAUUUUUCAUUUUCUUUAGCACUUUCUUUAUUUUUUAGUUGUAAUUAAAUUUAUACGGAAGCGGGUAGGUUUUGAGGCAAGAGGUAUUUUAUAAUUAGGAAAAAAAAUCUUACCUCGUAUUUAAAGUACUUAUUACUUAGCUUUCUGCUUUUUCAUGUGUAUUCAAUCUACUUAAUAUAAGUUUUAAAGCAAUUUGCUAAUAAGUAAAUGCUUUAGUUAUCAUAUCAUUAAUGUAAUGCUAAGACCAUUGUUAUUAAAAAAAAACUCAUAAAAAAAUUGAGACGACGUACCCGCUUCCGCUACCUCUUAAGCGUCCGCUGUCAUUGCGACCGCGGCCCUACGUCACUAUCAUUGAAGCAUUUAUACUUAUGUUGUUUAUCUUACAGUAUUUUUAGUUUUUUCCCUUUUUCUGAGACUACAGGCUAUUAGGUACACUUAAACAUAGUAUAUCUGUCAAAUUAGCAGAGUAG